AUGCCGGCCGUCGACCCCUUCUCGGCCUCCUCGCGCCCUAUGAACCUCUUCGACUCGGCCCCGUCCGACCCCCUUCUCUUCGCGUCGACCCUCCAGACGCUCGACCCCAACAUUCCCUCCCUGACCGCCUCGACGUCCUCCCUCGGUCUCGGUCGACCUUCGUCCAAAGCGCGUCAGUAUCGCGAGCCUCUGCCCACGGCGUUUCCUGCUCCAAUAUGGACGCGACACGAGCGGUCGAGCUCGGUCAGCUCAGAGGCUGUUUUGCAUGGGAGCGAUGAAUGGAUGGAUGGGCAAUUGCGGAAAUGUAUAGAUAAGGCGGAGCCUGAGCUCAACUUGAGCAAACAAGGCCUAACCAGUCUCUCCACCAAAAUAGCCGACCUCCAAAACCUCGUCACAUUCCCCGCGCCGCGCCCUUCCGCCCUCACAUCCUCCCCUCGCAUCCUAUCUUCCACCUCUCCCGCGCCCUCCCUCCUGCCCCCCCACCCAUCGCAAUCUCCAGGUAGAGACCACUUCUCCGCCGACGCGAAGCCAUUCAUACGUACCGUAUCCGCCGACUCUCGUCCGUUCGCCCGGACCAUCUCUGCCCCUGCCGCAUCUAGCGGGUUCUUCAAGAACGCGUCUUCCUCCUCUUCUACACUCGGCGCGCCGCGGGCGAGCUUCGCGCGCGUUCCUAGUGGACUAAGCGGGAAUCCCGCCUUGCUUGACUCGCCGACUAUUACGGAGACGUCGGAGGAUGCGGACAGGGAAGAGAGGGAUAGGGAUGUCAUGUCGCCAAUACCGAGCGCGUCUCCGGUCGUGACUGCGUUCUCGCCUCGGCAGAGAUUGGCGGGGUCGCCGAGGACGUUUGGGAGGAGUCAUACGCGCGCCGUCCUGCCUACAACGCCGGUGAAUGCGGUGGAGAGCUCAAAAGGGCCGGUCAUUUGGCUGCAGCAGAACCAGCUCUCCACUCUUCCCAGUGCCCUCUUUGAAAUAUCAAAUCUAACGGUCCUGGGCUUGGCCCAUAAUCAGCUCACGGUUCUGCCUCCAGCUAUCGGAGCUUUACUAUGUCUAAAGGAGCUAAAUAUCGGAAGUAACAAGAUUAAAUAUCUCCCUAGCACGAUCCUAUCCUUAACCAAGCUCGAAAAUCUCAUCCUCAAUCCCAACCCCUUCCUUCCACCUCCGCCUAACCCAGACGGCACGUCGGUCGGCGGCGGCGCCCUCGGCCCUCUCGUCCGCCAUGUCCAUUCCCGCGUCCCCACCCUCGUUUCCAUCUGCACCAACGUCCUCAUCUCUCCUCGACAACCCAGCGGCCUUCCCCCUCUCCUCGAACAUGACAAGUACGAAGCUGCGCCUGGCUGUCCCCACCCCUUACUCGACGCAGCUACCAUGACCUCGCACGUCCCUGCUCUCAAGGAAGAAGAGAUUGCCCGCGUCCUCCAGUCCGCACGGAGCAUCUCUACCCAUCUCGACGCUCAAACCCGGACAGGUCGGGGCUCGACAUCUCUCGGAUCAAGCCAAUCGCGCGCCGGCGCGGCGGAACGGUUUCCUGAUCUCAAUCGCGCGUCCAAACCGGACGACGCGGCCAAGAAUCCAUACUUCAACCCGUGUCCCUCUCCGCGGCAUCUUAUACGGGACGAAGAGGCCGAGUAUGAGCCGAUUGAACGGCGGUUGUUUAUACAUGCGGCGGAGGAACGGUUUGAGUGGAGAGAGGUGCAUAGGUGGCCGGGGAUCCCGAUCAAGUGGGAGGGGUGUAGUCCGGGGUGUCUGGCGUUCUUGGAGCAGGACGAGGAGGAGGAGUGGACCUUGGAGGAAGAGGAUGAGGAGGCGGAAGGGACGGAGUAG